CAAUAAUAUAUAUGACUACAAAAAACACAUGUUGCUUAAAGUAACCGGCAAUGAUUGUGGUUUGGCCACUACGAAUAUAAUAAAUUCCAAAAGGAAUCAAACCAGCUUUCCAAAACCAUUGAAAUUAAAAGAGUUUGCAAAAUUUGUGGCUAAAACUGUUGCCUUCAAAUUAUUCUUCUCCCUUGACUUCUUGUGAUCCAUUUGUGGGGUUCUUCAAAAAAUGGAUGGUGUCACUGUGAAGGUUGAGCCAGAGCAGUUUAUGGUUCUAGAAUCUUCUUCUAUAGCUGCUGAUUGUGUUGAUGGCGUUAGUUCCAAUAUGGGUGAUGUGUCAAUGAUGAAUCUCUCAGGAAACAAGUCGAUGCCAUCAUCUGGAUUGAAUGCAGUGAUUCCUAAUACAAGUCAACUUACCAUCUUCUAUAAUGGGAGUAUUUGUAUCUAUGAUGGAAUACCUGCAGAAAAGGUUCAUGAAAUAAUGCUCAUUGCUGCUGCUUCUGCCAAGUCAACUGAAAUGAAGAAGAUUGGGAAACAAUCUCCCAUCCUUUCAACUGUUCCCACAAGGCCUUCUUUUCCACAUGGAACGAUUGAUAAUAUCGCUUCGCCGCAGGCACUCUGCUUUCCUGCAAAGAAUAGUUCUAUCUGCAAGCUGCAAGAAUUUCCGAUAGCACGCAGACAUUCACUUCAAAGGUUUCUUGAGAAGCGGCGAGACAGGUUGGGUAGUAAAGCCCCUUAUCCUUCGUCUCCAUCAACAAAGGUGGCUGACAACUUAGAGAACAACUUAUGUGCCGACAAUUCGCCAGAUUCGGUUUCCUUGAAACGCCCAGAUGAGAAAUUUCAACCAACUAUAUCUGCCUCUUGAGCAGAAUUCUAGUGUUGGUUAUACUUUAUGUUGUGUCAGUGUUGGAGAUAAUGUCCAUGCAUGUAGAACUACAAGAACUUAUGUAACUGUCAUUAAAUUAUGUUCUGAAGACAUAACUACUAAACCUACAACAUAACUACUAAACCUACAAGGACUUGUGCAUGUAUUUUUGACUGUUCGUAGACAACUAAUUGUCGAUGUUGCGUUGAUGUUCCAAAAUCUACUUUUACUGCA